CUGUCAAAAUGAGCACAGAAAGAGGCGAACAAGUCAUUGAUACCCACUAUACCACAGUCCACACUCUGGGCAGGGAAAAGGGAAACAAGGAGAAGCACCUCCGCUACAUGCAGAAAGAUGGCAAGUUCCCUGUGGUGUUUCAUAAGCCCGCUGGAGACUGGAGCCCAUAUUUGAUGGACAUCUUCACCACUCUUGUGGAGAUCCGCUGGAGGGUGAUGCUCCUCAUCUUUUCCCUUUCAUACAUUCUGUCUUGGCUCUUUUUUGGUCUCAUUUAUUGGCUCAUUGCGUACGUAAAUGGAGACAGUGACAACGCAGAUGAGGAUCUAUGUGUGGCAAACGUGCGUGGCUUCACUGGAGCCUUUAUGUACUCAAUGGAGACGCAGGCAACUAUUGGCUACGGCUUCAGGUCAACGACCGAGAACUGUAUGGUGGGCAUUAUUGUGGUGACAGUUCAAGAUGUGUUCAGCUGUCUUCUUGACACCAUUAUCAUUGGCAUUGUCGUGGCUAAGAUGGCAUCUGCUCGGAAGAGAGCUCAGACGGUUGCUUUCAGCAACUGUGCCGUGGUCAACCUGCGAGAUGGGGUUCUAUGCCUGUCAUGGCGCCUUGGGGACCUGAGAGGUAAUCACAUUCUAGAUGGGGUCAUCAGGGCUCAGUUAGUCCGCUAUGUGAAGAAACCACUGGGCUUCGUUGUGAUGUCAUACCAAGACUUGGACAUCAAGGACCAGAACAUUGUCCUUGUCACACCAGCCACCAUUAUUCACAAGCUGGAGCCAGGCAGCCCCCUCUACAGCUUGGGCCCUGAUGACCUGCUGGAGGGCUACUUUGAGAUAGUAGCGUCUUUCACCUACAGUGACGACUCCACAGGUAUGCUCCACCAGACACGAACCUCCUACACACCUACAGAAAUCCGCUGGGGCCAGUGUUUCCAGGACAUGGUGAAAUCAGGCAAGAAGCACUACAAGGUUGACUACGGUCUGUUCAACGAGACGUCGUGGGUGUCAGUGCCCUUCAUGAGUGCCGAGGAACAUGACAGGAGGAGGUGUCCAGUAGAGGGCAGCCCACUCUUACCAUCUGUCAAGAGCAAUGGACACAGAGGUGCUUGUCAGGUGAACGUUGAUAUCACUGGGGAAGUGAUGAAUCAAACCUUUUUGUAACAUAACAACCAAAGAAAAUAACACAUAGCCUGCAUGGCAUUGCAGCGCAUGUGGAAUAGUUUCUACAACACUACU